ACGUAAACGUAGCAAUCGUUUCCGACACUCAAAGUUCAUGAUGAACAACAUUGUAUCAAAAUAUUUGACUCACUCAACUCUAAACAACUAUCUGGCAAGUAAACUCAAACAUCAAAGAUGGUUUCAGCAACUAAGUACGCCUACACCGAUACGUUUUGGGUGUGUUAAUCACUGAAUUCAAGUGACAAAUUAAGUUAAUCUGGGGUUUGUUUAUUCAGGAUAUGCUAGUUUUUCAUAUGAAGGUAAAUUAGGUUGUUACGAUUUGUGUAAAACUGGAAGUAAGCACGGAUUGAAGGAGUUCAGAGCGCAGAAAAGAUUUGUAUCUUCGAAACACGAUUUUCAUGUUAUGUGCACACGAGGGCAGUCCAUUGACCAGAAUAUCCUGAAGUGAUUGGUUAGCGAACUUUGCGCGUGAUCAGUAGUUAAAUUAGCUAGACUAGUUAGCUUCAGCUAGCUAAUUUAUUACAUUAUGAAAUGCAACCUGCACCGAUGGAUCCGGGCGAGGAGCCCCCGUCUAUGCUUUGGGGACUGGACCCAGUCUUCACCGCCUUCGCCAGAUUGUAUAUCGAAGACAUCCUUCAGAUGAGAGAGAGCUGUCAAAUUCCUGGAAUCUACUUCUACAACUCACAUCCAAUCUACAAAGUCGAUGUUCUUGGGACUGUGGUAUAUAAAAGAGAGAGAGAAGACUUCUUCUGUUAUGGAGUCGAUGAUGGCACUGGUGUCAUAAAUUGUCUCUGCUGGAAGAAGGAAAAGUGGAGGGACCAGACUGAUCCUGGUAAAUCCUCCUCCACAUCCCUGGGGGACGGUCCUGGAGGCUUUAACCCAGUCAAGGAGCUGGAGAGGCUGCGACAGGCCCAGCGGACCAGCUCCCACCUGGAGAUAGGGGAGCUGAUCAGAGUGAGGGGGCCAGUCAAAACCUCCAGACAGCAGAGAGAGAUCAUGGCCUCCACAUACUACAAAGUGAGUGACCCAGUGAUGGCGGUGCAGAUAGCUUGGAUGACGGAAGUCCCAGGGCUAUACAGACAGUGCUAUGAUAAACCAUUCAAUCUGGAGAACAGCGCUCAGGGCCCCCAAACUGCAGGUGGCUCUGCUGCCUUUUUGCUUGGCCAGGCUACUCGCGUGUUGAAAGAGUACCUGAAAAAGAAAGAGGUUUCGAGGCUCAGACCGUACGACGUUCUAGACCUUCUGCAGCCUCUGGUGACCAGCCGACCUCAGCCAACUGCCGCAGACCAGGAGCCGGUGGCGGGCCCGUCGGCCUCCAAGCGUCUUCGUCAGCUCCUGAAAGAGAGCCUGCAGGUGCUUCAGGACGAGGGGGUCGUGUUCCGCAAGGUCAAGUCCCAAGAUGAGGUUUACCACGUGACCGAACGGGACAAGGAGCUACAAAUGACAGCCAAAGACAUCGUCAGGGAGGACUCGAGAAGAGAGAAAUAUGCAGAGAAGGGCUGCCAUGUAUUGCACAUCCUCUCUGGGGUGAGACAGAGGUACAGCCCAAACAUGAGCAAGUCAGCCAUAGAGCUGGUCCUAAAGGCUCUGGAGUGUAACAGUGACAUCAUAAGCACCAGUGAAAACCACUACACCAUCCUCUAACCCCACAGAAUUUUUUUUUUGUCUUUUUUUUUUUUCGUCGGCAAGUUUGUAUUAUUAUCACAUAAUCACAUGGCUUUAAAGUUAUUUAUUGAUGACGUUUCUGUAAAUCCUAUUUAGGAUGAAAAUUUGAAACUACGUGGGUUUUAUCAGAAUACCUUGCAUGUUAUGUGCACAGGGGGGCAGUAUUUCGUUGCUAAUUAACUGUAACGUGUAAAGAGACACGCUGAUUGGCUAUUUCGGAAACAUCUGUAUCCAUAUCAGAACCUUCAUUAGGAAAGUCUAGGCUACUGACGUCAGAGCCUUGUAAGCAGACAGUUACUUUGUUAGCCUCGUACUUUUGCGUAAAAUUAAACAUCGGUGGAAUAAACAGCAACAACCAAGUGGGCAUGAGACUUAAUGAAAAUACCAUCCAUUGAUUAAUAUCCAUAUCAUGUGUAUGCUAUCCAGUGAUUAUAUUCUGUGUUUUCUAAAUGGAAUAAAAUAAACUGAGCACAA